AUAUUUGAUAUAAAUUUCUUGAAUAGAAUUAUAAUUGAAUUUGAACCCAUAAAAAAUAUAGUUUCAUUUAUUUUUCAUAAAAAAUAUGUAAGAGUGUAGAUAAUAUAUAAGAUACUAUAAUGUGUGAAUGCUAAUAAUUCAUUUCCCGAAUAUAUAGCAUAAAAUAAAAUGUUAGUACGUGGUCCACCAUACAAAUAUUCUCCUCCUUAUUAAUGAUUAAUCAUUUAUUAUUCCUAAAUCAAUCCCAUCUGGAAAAUGUUUUCAAUUUUUUCAGUAAAUAUGGUAAUUUGUAAGGUCGUCUCUGCAAUAAUAAAUAGUUAGUUUCUCUCACCCCUCUCUCUCUCUCUCUCUCUCCUCUGUGAAUUUCUAUUUUCUUUUUUUGGGCAAAUAUUUAGUGAAGAAAACAGAGGAGGAGGAGAAAACAAGCAAACGGCUAUAAUUUGGCGGAUAAAGCCAAUGGGAAGAUGCAACAAAUGAAAAAGUUAUUACCAACCCUUAAUGCUGCAAACUUACUUGCCUUUUUUUAGGAACAAUUAAAGAAAAACAAUUAACAUUUCCCCUGUUUUUUUAUUCUCUCCAAAUUUCUUGUCUUUUUUUUUUUGCCUUUUGGAGGAGUCUUUUAUUACCAGGGCCUCUUUCCCUAUAUAUAUAUAUAUAAUAUUGAUUGAUUUCCAAUCUUUAUGUGGGAAGAGGAAUACUAAAGUUUUCUCCUUUUUAGAGGGAGAACUGUCUAAGGAUUCAAUACAAAAUAAGAAAUACAAAAAAAUAAAAAAUAAAAAAAGCAUUCUUUGAGGAAGGAAGAAAUUAGGGUUCUUGUAAUUUAUAUGGUUGUCAUUAUAUUUUCAGAAAAUGUGAUAUGAUUUAUGUAAAGGCAUUUGUGGCUUUCAGAUAUGCCUUUAUCUCUCUCUCCUCUCUUUCUCUCUGGUUUUCAAUUCCUUACUAGAAACUGAAGAUUAUUGUGCCAUUGUUGUUGUCUUGUAAUUUGUCAAAAAGAUUGAAACUUGAGGCUGUUUGUUUCUGAGCAAAUCUCCCCAAACACUCUCAAGACCAUGUCAAAAUUACGGUGCCUACCCCUCGGUCUCGAUUUCCGUGCCCUCGUAGUCUUGUUCCUCAUAGUACCAACCGCGAUAAUCGGAAUAUACUUCCACGGCCAAAAGAUAACCUACUUCCUCCGGCCACUAUGGCAGUCUCCACCAAAACCCUUCAUCAUAAUCCCACAUUACUAUCACGAAAACGUGUCUAUCGAAACUCUCUGCAAGCUCCACGGGUGGGGGGCCCGCGAGUUCCCUCGCCGCGUUUUCGACGCAGUUUUAUUUAGCAACGAAAUCGACAUGCUCAAAAUCCGUUGGAAAGAACUCUACCCUUACAUCACUCAGUUCGUACUCCUCGAAUCCAACUCCACCUUCACCGCUCUCCCGAAACCCCUCAAUUUCGAAAUAAAUAAAGACAAAUUCGAAUUCGUUGAACCCCGUUUGACCUACGGGAAAAUCGGCGGGAGGUUCCGGAGGCGCCAAAACCCCUUCAUCGAAGAAGCCUACCAAAGGAUCGCCCUUGACCAGCUUCUAAGAAUUGCAGGCAUUCAAGAAGACGAUCUUUUGAUAAUGUCGGAUGUUGAUGAAAUUCCUAGCGCACAUACUAUUGAUCUCUUAAGGUGGUGUGACGAAAUCCCGAAUGUACUUCAUCUUCAAUUAAGGAACUAUUUGUACUCGUUCGAGUUCUUGUAUGAUCAGAUGAGCUGGCGGGCUUCCGUUCACAGGUACAAAAAGGGGGAAACGAGGUACGCGCAUUACCGACAAACGGACUAUCUUCUGUCGGACUCGGGUUGGCAUUGUAGCUUUUGCUUUCGGUAUAUAAGUGAUUUUAUAUUCAAGAUGAAGGCAUACAGCCACAACGAUAGGGUUAGGUUUUCACAUUUCUUGAGCCCGAAGAGGAUUCAAGAAAGGAUAUGUAAAGGGGCUGACUUGUACGAUAUGCUUCCCGAGGAGUACACUUUUCGAGAUAUGAUUGGGAAAAUGGGGCCGAUUCCUCAUUCGUAUUCUGCCGUUCAUCUUCCUUCGUAUUUGUUGGAGAAUGCGGAGGAUUAUAAGUACCUUUUACCUGGGAAUUGUGUGAGAGAAAGUGGUGGAUAGUAUUUGUAUGGUUUGUUGUAGGUCAGAAAUGUUUAGGGAAAAAGAGGUAGAAGAAAAUAUGUGGUUAUAUUGAAAAAAAAUCUCUUAUUUUAGGGAAUGACUUAUUCAGCUGAUUUUUUCUGUUUUACUAAAGGGCAAACAUGAUUACAUCCA